AUGGACUUGGAAACUCUCGUAGAAACCCUUGACAAAGAAUUGAAAAACGAAGACCAGCGAUUCCCAUUAAACCAGAGCAGAAAAUCUGAUUUUUUAUUUUCAAUUUCUUCAGCUUUAAAAUCUGCUGAUAAAUCAAAAAUUGUGCCUCAUCAGCCAAAGCUAGAAGCGAUUUUUUUUGCAAAUUUCGUCUCAAGGCUGCUCAGGACCUCUAUGCAGAUUGUUAAAAAAAUGCUUGAAAUUGCUUUUAGAGAGAGGGAACACUAA